AUGGAGGGAAAGAAUCACACUUUGGUGAGCGAGUUCACUUUCCAGGGCUUCUCGAGCUUCGGCGAGCACCAGCUCACCCUGUUCGUUGUGUUCCUUGUGCUCUACACCUUCACCCUGGCUGGCAACGUGGUCAUCGUGACCGUCAUUAGUGUUGACCGCCGCCUCCACACGCCCAUGUACUUCUUCCUGAGCACGCUGUCUGUUUCGGAGACCGUGUACACCCUCGUCAUUAUACCCAAGAUGCUCUGUAACCUCCUAGGCCUGAGUCAGCCCAUCUCCUUGGCAGGCUGUGCCACCCAGAUGUUCUUCUUCAUCACCUUGGCCAUCAACAACUGCUUCCUGCUCACGGCCAUGGGCUACGACCGCUACGUGGCCAUCUGUGACCCCUUGAGGUACGCGGUCAUCAUGAGCAAAGGAAUAUGCAUCCAGUUGGUGGGGGGAGCCUGCAGCAUUGGCCUGAUCGUAGCCAUGACACAGGUGCUGGCUGUGUUCAGGCUGCCCUUCUGUGCCACGAGGGUGGCCCACUUCUUCUGUGACAUCCGACCCGUGAUGAAGCUCUCCUGCAUCGACACCACAGCCAAUGAGAUCCUGACUCUGAUCAUCAGUGUGCUGGUGAUCCUGGUGCCCAUGGGGCUGGUCUUCAUCUCCUAUGUCCUCAUCAUCUCCACCAUCCUCAAGAUCCCCUCUGCCCAGGGCCGGAAGAAGGCCUUUGCCACCUGCGCCUCCCACCUCACCGUGGUCAUCGUCCACUACGGCUGCGCCUCCAUCGCCUACCUCAAGCCCAAGUCGGAGAACUCCAGGGAUGAGGACCAGCUGAUCUCGGUGACCUACACGGUCAUCACCCCGCUGCUGAACCCUGUGGUGUACACCCUGAGGAACAAGGAGGUCAAGGAUGCUCUGCUCCGGGCCACUGGCAGGAAGCUUUCCUGAUCAGAUAGACCCACUUCGAUGAGGGUCCUAUAAGAUUCUCUAGAGCAGGAAAGCAGAGCAGUGCCCACAGUGCCACACAGGUGGGUGUGCACGGGAUGAGAUCAGGACAGAGGCUGGAUUAGCCAGGGCAGGCUGCUCCGGGACAGGGCUAACAUUUUAAAUGCAUUCUGUAACACUAGUUUUGGACACGUGGUUUCCCCACGCCCACUUACACAGGUUUAAGUCGUAGCGGAAGUACUUCCCUCAUGGGCAAUUCAAGCUCCCUGCAUCCUAGACACCAUAGUAAAUGGAUAUCAGAGAUCAGAGCAUCUACCAAUCCAGUAGGCUUAAAUUCUGGAUCUUUUCCCCUUUAGCUCCAGGUUGGCAAUAGGGGAAAAAGGAAACCUGUUUCCCUGAUCAUGUCAGAGAAACAUUCUCAGAAAGUGACUAAAAUCCCUCCAUGAUCUAGUUAAAGCUGUAGUGGCAAAUACAUCACACUGGCAUUUAUGAGACCAUACAAGAGACGCGUGGUGAUACAAUCUGUGAGUGACUGGCCCGUCAGGGAGAGAUGGGCUUGCCUCGGGAGGGGCUUUCGUGGGGCAGAAAGAAGCAACAAGAGCAGGGGAAUAAAGGAGAGAGUCCGCAGCAGGGAAGAGUGGGAGAGGGUCGGGAGGGUGUACGUGGUAAGGACAAUGUGGUCGUCCGUAACUUAGAGACAACCAAAGAGAUUCUAGUCAUCCAUCCUCCCUACCAUGACUUAAGACCCACCAGGCCCUGAACUAACGGGACAUGGUUCGCUGGCCAUCUCCACUUCCAGGACCCCUGCCCUCAGCGUGUCCUCCACUCCACACUGCCUUCCACCCCAACCACACCUAGUGACUGGUCCCUUCCCCUUUCCCAUCCUCAGGCCCUUCUACUGCUUACGGCCCCUGGAUGGAAACCUCUCAUUGUGACUCAUUUUGAAACCCCAAACCAAAGCUGCUCUCCUAUGAGCCUUCUGAUGAAGGAAUCAGUCCACCCACUUCCUCCACCCCACUACCCCCCACUCUUGCAUUCACACGACACUACAGCAAACUUCCCCUUGGGGUCUUCACGGACACACAUGUGAACUGGGCAGUGCCGCGGGGCUUUAGUGCAGAGCGGCACCUGCUGGGUCACGUCUCACUUGUACCCAGAGAUAUGGUCCUCACAGGCUGUGCUCUCCUCGAGGUUCAUUUAAAAAGUAGGGCUGUGUCUAAGUAUCUCUAAAAUAGCUCA